AUGUAAAUUUUAAAGAAAUUCGCAGAUUCAAAGACAGCCCAGAUAGGUAUCAUAGUUGCAUUGGGUUUGAGUGGUGUUGUUUUGGGUUAUCAUUAAUAUGAUAAAGCCAGAAAAUCUAGCUUAAUUGUCACUCAAAAUCCACCUGUUUCUUAAAAUGAGUUUGAAUAGAAUCGAUUUUUAACUUAAGCAGGAGCCAUUUAAAGAUGGGGUCAAAUUGUAUAAGGAAGUAUUUCAUAUAAAGUGGAUUUAUUAUUGAAAGGAGGUACUUAUAUAAUAAUGAUAAUGUGUAGGUGAAUCAUAUAGUGGUUUAGUAACAUUGGAUUUUGAAGCAAAACAUACUUUGACAGAUUUGUAUGUUGAUUUUAGAGGUAAAAAAGUUGUGAAAUUGGUUGUCAAUGGAAAUAAGAUUAAUAAUUUGGAUUGGAAUGGAUUAUUUAUCAAAGUACCUAAAGAAUAUUUGAGUACAUCUUAAAAGAAUAGAGUGAAUAUAUAAUUUGAUUAAAAUUAUGCUAAAGAUGGAUGUGGAUUACAUGGAUUCAUUGAUAAAGAUGGAAAAUAAUAUUUAUAUAGUUAAUGUGAAUCUUAUUUCACAAAUAGAUUGUAUAAGAAUUUUAAUAAAUUAGUUUCCCUUGUAUGGAUCAACCUGAUUUGAAAGCUUAAUUGAGAUUCACAGCAGUAUGUCCUAAAGAAUGGGUAGUUAUUUCAAAUGAAAAUGCUGAUCAAAAUGGAUAGUUUAAUUAUGCUUAAGCUACUAAUAUUAUUAAGGCAUAUUAACCUGAAGAAUUUAUAGAGAGUCAACUCUAAAAUCUUGAGAAUUCAGAUUCAUACAACUUUUGGGUAUUUGGUGAGACAAAAAUAUUACCAACUUAUUUAUUUGCUUUAGUAGCAGGUGAAUAUUGGUCAAUUAAAUUUUAAGGAGAAGUAGGUGAUGUUCCAUAGACUAUUUAUUGCAGAGAAAGUUUAAAAGAACAUAUGAUGAAUCUUCAAGAUUUUAUUUUUGAAGUCACUAAGAAAAGUAUGAAAUUUUAUGAGGAUUUCUUUGGAGUCAAAUAUUAAUUCAAUAAAUAUGAUUCUUUAUUUGUUAAUGAAUAUAAUUGGGGUGCAAUGGAAAAUCCUGGAUGUGUAACAUUUAAUGAUUUUUAUGUAUUCAAAGAAAAGAAACCAGCAACUAGUUACACAUAAUUUGCUAAUACAAUUACUCAUGAAAUGGCUCAUCAUUGGUUUGGAGAUUAUGUAACAAUGAAGUGGUGGAAUGAUUUAUGGUUAAAUGAAAGUUAUGCAGAUUUCAUUUCUCACUUUUGUUUAGAAAAUAUUUAAAUUGAAUCAAUCAAAUUAUCAAAUAUUCCUGUUAUGUUCAAUUAAAGAAAAGGAUGGGGAUAUAGAGAAGAUUAAAUGGUAACUACACAUCCAAUUGCUGGUGAUGUUAUUAAUACUGAAGUAGCAGAAAAUAUAUUUGAUGGAAUUACAUAUUCUAAAGGAGCUUCAGUAAUGAAAUAAUUAAUGUGUAUUAUGGGAGCAGCUAAAUUUGGAGAGGCAUGUGGAAAUUACUUUAGGAAAUUUGGAUGGAAGAAUGCUGUUUUAUAAGAUUUAAUUGAUCAUUUAUAAGAGAAAUUUGAUAAUCCAGAAUUUACAUUAUCAUAAUGGAAAUAAUAAUGGAUUGAAACUGCUGGUAUGAAUGAAAUUGAACCUUAAUGGGAUUAAACAGAUAGAACUCAUUAAGCAAAAUUAACUAUAUAUUAAAGACCUGCUUUAAGUUAAUUCUCUACUUUGAGAAUUCACAAAAUUAAAAUAGGAUUAUUCCAUGAUAAUGGUAUUGAUUCUAUUGAUGCUGUACUCAAAGCAACUGAAGAAAACGUCAUUACUUAUGAUGGUAGUAAGGGAUAUAGAGCAAUAUUAUUAAAUUAUGAAGAUUAAUCAUUUGUUAAAGUACUUCUUGACUAAGAAUCAACUAAAUAUUUCAGUUAAAAUUUAUAAGCAGUUAAUGAUGUUCUUACAAGAACUUUGAUUUACAGAGCUCUUUUUGAUAGUGUAAGAGAUGGUAAAAUAUGUUCAGAAGAAUAUGUUGAUUUCUUAUUAAAUUAAUUACCAAGAGAAAAUUCAGAUGAAAUUUUGAAUUCUCAAUUAAUGUUCUUAUAAGCUGCUAUUGGAUCCAUGACACCAAGAAGGUAAUUUAUUAAUAUAAUUAUUAUAGAUUCAAGAAGACACUUGGAAAAAGAGUAUUUGCAUUCCUUCUAGAAUAAUUAGUCAAAGUUAGCAAAGAUCCAUAAUUAGAAAAUAGAAUGAUUCUAUUGAGAAACAACUUAACAUCAUUUGCAUAUGAUAAUUCCUGUAUCGAUGAAUUGUUAGCUUGGUUCUAAGGUUAAAAUUAAGAAUUAUCAUAAAUUGAAUGUACAAAAGAUAACAAAUGGGCAAUUGUUAAAUUAGUUUAUGCUUCAUAAAAAUAUGAUGAAAAUUCUGAUUUGAGAAAAGAGAUACUUUAAAAGAUGUUGUAACUUGAUACUUCUGAUGCAGCUUCAAGAGCACAAUUAAGAUGUUAAGCUCUUAUUGCAAAUGAAUAAGAAAGAGCUGCUCUUUGGUAAAAGUUCAUUGAUCCAAACGAUAAAGAAUCAGUCAAAAUGAUGUAAGAAUCAAUGGCCGGUUUCAAUAAUGAAAGACGUUACCUAAGUUUGGAACCUUAUUAAGAUAAAUUCUUUGAAGUCAUUAUUUAAAUCUUUUAAACGAAAAGUAAUGAUUUCAGUAAGACCUUUUAUGAUUAUUUGUUCCCAAUCACUGAUGAUUUGGCCAGUCUUUGCAAUGUAUUAAUUAAUAUUUAUAAUUUUAGAAAAUUGAGAAGUUGAGAGCUGCUGUUCCUUAAAAUUUGAUCACUCUAAAGAUAUAAGUUGAUAAAUCACUUGAUACAAUAAAGAGAUAAGUGAAAUAAUUUGAAUGUUUCUGUAACCAAGCCAAAUUAGCUACAUAAUAAUAAGUACAAGAAAAAGAUGUAUGAG